AUGGGAAAAGCAUCAGGUUCGAAAUUGAGAAAGCAGAGGCACGAUCCGCUGUUGAAAGAUCUGGAUUCGGCACAGGGUAGUUUGAAAAAGGUGCCUAGGAAGAAGACAGGCCGGCAGGAUGAGGCGGAGGAUGAGGGAUUCGUUGACUCGAAAUCUUCUAGAAAGAUUCUACAGCUUGCAAAGGAGCAGCAGGACGAGAUCUCGAAGGAGGAGGAAGCAGAAGCAGAACUGGCGAGACAUGAGUCAGAGAGGUUCAAAACUAUAGCAUAUGACAAGGAGGAGGAGGAGGAGGACGCUGAUGAAGACGCAGGUGAUAUUUCUGACUUUGAACCGGAAGGCGAAGACGUUGAAGAAGAAAUAGAGGAAGUCGAUAUCGAUGAGGAGGACGCUGCAGUGUUUGAGCAGUAUCUGAGAGGCUCUGAAGGCUAUAACUCUCUGGGUGGCAGUUAUAAUUUGGCAGAUAAGAUCAUGGCAACCAUCAAGGAGAAAGAAAUGGAGCACGAAAAUGAAGUGAUGGCUGAAGAUAGAGAGGCGCGUGAUUACGAAGCACCAAGAGGUGAAGGUGUGGCCCUUCCUGAGAAAGUUAUCAGAGCUUACACCACUGUGGGUACAAUCUUGCAGACGUGGACCCAUGGUAAGCUUCCAAAACUGUUCAAAGUUAUACCAUCGCUGAGGAAUUGGCAGGACGUCCUAUACGUUACCAAUCCAGAGCAAUGGUCUCCACAUGUCGUCUACGAGGCUACAAAGCUUUUCGUAUCCAACAUGACUGCCAAAGAAGCCCAGAAGUUUGUCAAUCUUGUCCUUUACGAACGCUUCCGCGAGAACAUCGAGACCAACGAAGAUCACUCGUUGAACUAUCAUAUCUACAGAGCUCUCAAGAAAUCACUGUAUAAGCCUAGCGCUUUUUUCAAAGGCUUCCUUUUCCCAUUGGUCGAACAGGGCUGCAAUGUGCGCGAGGCAACCAUAGCUGGCAGUGUGCUGGCAAAAGUUUCCGUGCCUGUUCUACAUUCUUCAGCGGCUUUGAGUUACCUGUUGAAGCUACCGUUCUCGCCAGCCACAACGGUAUUCAUAAAAGUUCUGCUGGAUAAAAAGUACGCUCUGCCAUACCAGACCGUUGACGAAUGUGUUUACUACUUUAUGAGCUUCAGAACACUGGCGGAUGGCAGCAACGGAGAGAAUGCGGUUGCAGUGCUGCCUGUGGUAUGGCACAAAGCAUUCCUAGCGUUUGCUCAAAGGUACAAGAAUGAUAUCACUCAGGAUCAAAGAGAUUUCUUGCUUGAGACCGUUCGUCAAAGAGGUCACAAGGACAUUGGGCCGGAGAUCAGAAGGGAAUUACUCGCUGGAGAAAGUAGAGAGUUCGUUGGCGAGUCAGGGGAAGUCAAUGACAAUGACUUGAUGAUCGACGUCAAGUAA